GUAAUUUUAGGAUGUAAAUGAUUGUAUUGUUCACGUAUGGCCAGCUUGAAAGAAAUUUUAGAUGAAUAGAAUAGAUUUGUGAUUUGGCACUCAUCUUAAAAAGAAAAUUAUGAAGGACGGUCGAUAUAAAAGAACGAUUAUGAAUGAAUUGUUACAGCGAGUGCCGGUACUCGCCAGGUAGGCGAGAUCCGAUCGCCUGUACGAGAGACGCGCUUUGAAUCUUCCAGUCUCUCUCCAUUUUCGUUUGGAGCAGUCCGAUCGAUAAGGGACGUUCUAUGCUUGUUGCUCUCUGUUAUCUCGAUCGGGUUGGAGCUUUUCGGCUCCAGAUCUUUGAUUACGUAGUCGUUUGAGAUUCUGCUUGCUGUGGCGAUUUCAGCUUGCUGCAGAAGCGGAUUUGAUGACGGUGGCUAGAGGAGGAGCUCUGUAGUUUCUUUCUCUGAAGCUAUUUUUUGGUUAGCCAGUGGAUCUUUUUUGCUAUUUUGGGAUGGGUUCGAGUAGCUCCAAGCUACUUGCUUGCUGCUGGGGUUCGCAGUUGAAGGGAACAGUGCUGGAGCCUCCGGAUGUUGUGAGAGAGGACAAGGCAGAUACCUACGAACUGCCGCCAUUCCAGGAGUUCUCUUUCGAUCAACUCAGGCUUGCCACGUCUGGGUUCGCUGCGGAGAAUAUUGUUUCAGAGCAUGGAGAGAAAGCUCCCAAUGUUGUCUAUAAGGGGAAGCUAGAUGCAACGAGGAGGAUUGCAGUUAAGCGUUUUAACAGAUCGGCUUGGCCCGAUGUUCGUCAAUUUUUGGAAGAAGCAAAGGCUGUUGGCCAGCUUCGAAACCAAAGAUUGGCAAACUUGCUUGGCUGUUGUUGUGAAGGUGACGAGAGGCUACUUGUGGCUGAAUAUAUGCCCAACGAAACACUCGCCAAACACCUUUUUCACUGGGAGGCUCAACCCAUGAAGUGGCCAAUGCGAUUGAGGGUUGUACUCUAUCUAGCAGAAGCCUUAGAGUAUUGCACUAGCAAGGGUCGUGCUCUUUAUCAUGAUCUUAAUGCUUAUAGAGUCCUAUUUGAUGAUGAUUGUAAUCCUAGGCUUUCAUGCUUUGGCCUAAUGAAGAAUAGUCGAGAUGGUAAAAGCUACAGCACGAAUUUAGCAUUUACACCUCCAGAAUAUUUGAGGACAGGAAGGGUUACACCAGAAAGUGUGAUUUACAGCUUUGGCACAUUGCUGCUCGAUGUUUUUAGUGGAAAGCAUAUUCCUCCAAGCCAUGCGCUCGACUUGAUACGAGAUAGAAAUUUUCACAUGCUGACAGAUUCCUGUUUGGAAGGUCAAUUUUCAGAUGAAGAUGGCACUGAAGUGGUGCGCUUAGCUUCGAGGUGUUUACAAUAUGAGCAACGAGAACGGCCUAAUAUUAAAUUGUUAGUCCUUGCAUUGACUCCUCUCCAAAAGGAAAUUGAGGUUCCUUCCUACGUUUUGAUGGACAUGCCACAUGGUGGUGCAUCAUCUGUUGAGUCUUUAUCACUUUCUCCUUUGGGUGAAGCUUGCCUCAGAAUGGAUUUGACGGCUAUACACGAGAUACUGGAAAAGAUUGGCUACAAGGACGAUGAAGGAACAGCAAAUGAGCUUUCCUUUCAAAUGUGGACCAAUCAAAUGCAAGAGACUUUGACAUCAAAGAAAAAGGGUGAUGCUGCAUUCCGGCAUAAAGAUCUGAAUACUGCAAUUGAGUGCUAUACUCAGUUCAUUGAUGUUGGAACCAUGGUUUCUCCGACUGUAUUCGCUCGUCGCAGUCUGUCCUACCUGAUGAUUGACAACCCCCAGGAGGCACUUAAUGAUGCAAUGCAGGCCUUACUUAUAUGUCCAACAUGGCCAACUGCAUUGUAUCUACAAUCCGCUGCCCUUUUUGCACUUGGAAUGGAGAAUGAAGCUCGAGAAGCACUCAAAGAUGGAUCUUCCUUAGAAGCUAAAAAGAAUGGGAGUUCUGGGCGCUGAAGCCAGAGUAAACUAACAGUAUGGCUUUAUAGAAACUCCUUGUACUUCAAGUUAGUCUUCCACAUUUUGAGGUUUUCAUUAUUUUUACGGAAAAUGGUCCCCCUCACUUCAAUUUUUUUAAAAAAAUGUGUGAGGAUUCUGGUGAACUCUUUUUUUUUUUUAUCAAUUGAUUCCUCACUUGUCCAAGGACUGAAUCCAUCGGUUUGAGGGAUUUACAUAGUUGCAUUCAUUGAAUAGUGAAAUGAUUUUUGGUAAUGUUUAAAACCUUUCAAGCACAUUAUGUGUAUAUAUGUGGUGGCUACAGAGAUGCCGUUGGUAGAUAUUCAAACCAAUAAAGCUGUUUCCAUUGUGAAGGAAUUGUUGAAUGUGUAUCUCGAUACUGCUGUAAGCAUAUUUGUACAUCAGCGUAUGAUUAAAUUGUUUUUCUCUCUU